CCUGGUACAUGCGCAUUUCAUCACCUUAGAAAAGGCGACGUCGUGUUAAAAAGCCGACGUCGCUUUUUUUUCUCGAUAGCUUAACAUUGAAAACGGCAACGCGCGACGCGGGAAGUGGCCGAAAUAGAACACCAUAAAAUCUUCACAGCUCAGUUUCUUUGUAAACUGUGUUCAGUUCAUAUAAAUCUACAUCUCUGGCUGAACGAUUCAAUUAAAGGUAGAUAAGACAUUUCAAUACGAGUAUCUGAAUACAAGCAUGAGAUGUCGACAGUAGGAACUAGAGUUAUACGUGGUCCUGAUUGGGCUGGCAAAUCCGAAGACAGUGGCGCUGGCAGUCUUGGAACCGUUGUCGCUGCUUAUCUUUCUAAAGCCAAGGUGAAGGUCGUUUGGGAUGUAGGGAACCAAGGAAUAUAUAAAGCUGGAGCCGACGGGAAACAUGAACUGUACGUAUACGACAAUGCCCCUACAGGGGUUAUUCAAAAUGGAAUUACAUGUGAUUCGUGUCAAGAAAAUCCAAUAGUAGGAAUUCGAUGGAAAUGUCGACAGUGUCAUGAUUUCGAUCUGUGCACACCUUGCUACAUGAAACAGAGACAUUCCAGUGAUCACACGUUCCUUAGAUAUAUGACGGAAGUAUCCACAGUUACACCUGUAUCAAGCCAGGGUAGAAGUAAAAAGAUCCGGUUACAUGGUAUAUUACCAGGAUCUGACGUAACACGAGGAUUAGAUUGGGAAUGGGGCGAUGAUGAUGGGGGCAAUAAUAGCAGUGGUACUGUUGAGAAAUUGACCAAGUGGGGUUCCAAGUCAUAUAGAGGUGGUGUACUGAUUGAAUGGAGCAAUGGAAUUAGAAAAGACUGUAGAAUUGGUGGAGACGGACGUGUUGACCUAACACUGAUUGGAGAAUCUACAAAACAUCAUUGUUUUCCAGAGCACCUUCCGAUUUUAGAUAUAACUAGAUCGGCGGAAGAUGAAUUAAAAAUAGGUGAUAAAGUCAUUAUUAUGGAUGAUGCUGUAACUGUAGAAAAGGUGUUGAAAGAGUGGAAGGGUGCUUGGAAAGAAGCAAUCAGAAAAUAUAUUGGUGAGCAAGGUACUGUUAUAGAUUUAAAAGAAAAUCGUUUAGUUGUUAUCCAAUACCGAGAUCUACAAAAGUGGACAAUAUUUCGCCCUUUGCUUGUAAAGACACAUUCUUUAAAGGAAGGAGACUUGAUACGUAUUAUUGACAUAUCUGAUGGUAAAAUGGAAAAGCUUCAAGAGGGACAUGGGGGUUGGAUUUCUGAAAUGUCAGCGAUAAAGGGAAAACCAGCUAAAGUAGAAAGGAUAGAUAAAGACAGAGAUAUAAUAGUUAAGUUACUUGGUAACGGGAUGUACCUCAAUCCGGUCUGCUGUGAUCCUAUUGAUAUUGUGUCAUUGUCUGAAAGUGAGUUAAGUGUCAUCAAUGGAGAAGGCCCUGUUUCUACCAGUAGCAGCACAUCCAGCUCCAGUGGUUUUGUUUCCGGUUCAGACGAAAUUCAAGAAAACAUUCAAGAGGCGGUACUACAAAUACUUCAAAUGGGUAUUGGCUCGAAAGGGGACUUAGUAGCCGCUGCUGCCCAAGGAGAUCUACCCCUAGUCCAGAAAUUGGUGAAGCGUGACCCCUCAAAGGUUGAUAACAUGGUUAAAGAAAAAACAGCUCUUCAGAUGGCCUGCUAUAGAGGACACGAAAAGAUUGUUAAAUACUUGAUUUCAAACAACGCAUCGCCUGUACUUGCUGAUAGUGAUGGCGAUACUCCACUGCAUCUGGCUGUUUCUGGACAACAAUUUCGUGUCGUUAAAAUAUUGUGUGAGAAAGGUGUAAAUGUGAAUCAAGUUAAUAAGAAAAAACAGACUCCAUUCCAUUUAGCCAUUUGUCAUAAUAAUUAUGAAAUAGCUGAAUAUCUUGUCAAUAAAGAUUGUAAUGUUAAUACACAGGAUGAAGAUGGAGACACGCCAUUGCAUGAAAUAUUGGAUGACCCGGAUGAAUUGAAUGAUUCUAUGAUAAACAUGAUGUUAUCACGUGACUCAUUACGUUUAGAUAUAAAAAAUAGAGCCGGAUUUACUGCAAUACAUUGUGCCAUAUUGAAUGGCAUAAAGAAAAGGGUUUUUGAAAGACUAAUAAAGAAAGUGAAGAAAUUAGAAAGUUUAAAAACAUCUACUGGUAACUACACACCUUUACAUAUUGCUGCUGUUAAUGCUAAAAUGGAACUCGCUGCACCUAUGAUUAGAGAGGGACAUGCAGUAGAUGUGAAUGACGAUGAUGGUAGAACACCACUUCACCUAGCUGUAAUUAAAAAAUCAGAACCAAUGAUUGACCUUUUAUUAGCCAAUAAUGCCGAUAUAAACAGUAAGGAUAACAAUGGUGAUACACCAGCACAUUUAUCUGUAACAAAGGUUUCUAUUGAUCAGACUGUAGUAGCUAAAUUUACUAGAACUGUUGAUGAGAGUCUAGAUAUACCCUAUAUUUUGGUGAAUCAAGGUGCCAGAUUAGAUAUUAAAAAUAAAAGUGGUAAAACACCGCUAGAUUUAAUCCAGAAUGUGGAUCGUAGAGACGAACUGUACAGGAUUUGGUUGAAAUUAAGAAAAGAAGGUACUGGCACUGAUUUUGAUGCUCCGGCUUACUGGAAAUCAAUGAAGUCCAUUGAUCGUUAUAUUAGAGUAGAAUUAACUCCAGGUACCAAGGGUGCAUCAGAUGAACGAGAAAGAAUACUGAACCUGUUUAAUAAAACAUCUGGAAACAGACGUGUUAUAAAGUUAGAAAGGAUACAGAAUAUUGACAGAUGGGAGGCGUAUGCUGUAAAAAAGAAAUCUUUAGAGAGGUCAUAUGGUAUAGGUUUAGCCAACGAACGUCACAUGUUCCAUGGAACAAAACCAGAAAUAGUAAAAUCCAUCAUUUCACAGGGGCUGGAUUCUCGACUCGUCCAGAAUGGUUUAUAUGGAGACGGCGCAUAUUUUGCUUUGGAGUCGAAAUUAUCCGAUGGUUACACCGAAGAGGAUGACGACGGCAAUCGUUAUAUAUUUGUCGCCAAGGUGCUGGUUGGUAAAUCUUGCCUGGGUAAAAAGGGAAUGAAGAGACCAUCGCCCAUGGAUGAGAAAAAGCAGGAUACCUUUCAUGACUCAGCAGUAGAUAACAAUGACGAACCGAGGAUAUUUGUUUUAUUUGAUAAUAGUCAGAUUUAUGUCGAGUAUCUUAUUACAUAUCGAUAAUUUAAAGAUUUAAUUGGGUCAGAUUUAUGAAUCCGAUAUAAUUCAUAAUCUAAAGGUUUGAUUCAGUCAGAUUUAUGACGAGUAUCUCAUUACACUAUAUAAGCUAACGGUUUCGUUCACUCAGAUUUUUAUGUAGAGUAUGUUAUCACAUAUCAAUAAUCUAAAGGUUUGAGUCAGAAAACCUUUAAAUUCAAUUGUGACGUGACUUACGGACAUAAUCUAGUGUCAAGAUUUCAAUUAUUGAUGGGAUAAACUUAAUUUUCGCAAAGGAAAACUAAUAAAUCCUGUAUAAUUUUAAAAAAUUGUAAUAUCUAAAAUCCACCAGAGAAGCACGAGUAUAGUUUUAAUAAUUGUAAAUUAGACAAACAAUUAUAUAACCAUAUUCCUGAUAGAUCAAAUCAAACGAAACGCUGUAAGGAGCAGGCUUUAUACUCCCUUUUGCGCAAAAGAUAUUGUUUCGGAUUUAAACGUUGGCCAUAUCAACAAAAAUGCGUAAUAACAUACAACAGUGUGGAAUUAUGACGGAUAUAGCGUACCAUAAUUACUUUCUAAGGCCCAUUCAAUAAGUAAGCUUAUUGAACAGUAGAAGGUAGAAUUGUUGACGGAUUCGAAAAUUAUGAGACCAGUUUUAUUGGUGUUAUUGUCCCUUUAAGUGCUUUCGGUAUGCUUUCGGUAUGCUUGUCUUGUUAUAUGUUAAGUGAUUUCAGUAUAUUAUGCUUGUUUUGUUAUUUAUUACAUAGCUGCCGUGUUAAACGAAUCUUAAUAUGAUAAUAUUUCAAAUGUAUAAUGGAUGUUGAAAAGCUAGUCAAAGGCGGCGAUAUCAGCCGGAGGCAAAAUGUUAUGGUAACAUGAUUGUUUUUAAUAAAUUUAUUUCAAAAAUAA